CGCCCUCCAGCUCCAAUCAACCCAUGGGCCUCUCUUACUAUCGAUGAAAUGGUGGAAAUUCAAAAUUGGCUCCUGAACACCCAAAUGAACCUAAACCUCACGCGAGGAGAUACAGCUCGGCCAUCCGAUAACUCCGUCUAUAUGAUACAGACAUACUAUCCUCCCAAGGCUGAUGUCCUCGAGUACUUCUCGUCUUUAGAUCCUCGUAACGCACCUGCAAGGUUUGCUCGGGUUACCAUUCACCAUGGCGGGGCCGUGGAACCCGUGAUUAGAGAUUAUCUCGUCGGGCCGCUCCCAGUCACACCAGCUACAGAGAUGAUGCAUUUGACAAAGAUUUAUCAUACCGAAACUCUUCCGUACAACGCAAGGGGAUAUGAUGCCCUUGACUGGAAUGUGCCCGAAAUCCACACCAAGAUAGCAGCUCCGCUGAUGGAUGCGUACAAGGAACUUCUAGGUGGUUUGCCCAAUGAUACCAUUGUUGCUGGAGGUGCUGGGCCGUUCGGUUUCGACGGAUCAUUCAGGCGCUUCUGGUUAAACUGGCAAAGAGACACACCCGGAUUUUGGUUGCAUCCACUGAACCUUUGGCAAUAUGUCGAUGUCAGCGGUACUGAUCCUUCAAAAUGGGACCAGCUGAAGAUCGUGUACAAUCAUCAAGUAUUUGACACAGCAGAAUCAUUCAUGGAUGCGUUUCAUAAUGGUACGCUCAAGCGUGUACCUCCAGUAACAAAGCAAGAAGAAGACCUUUCUUGGAGUACACGAGAACGUAUUGGUGCCUUACGCGACCUCGACAACCUUCCAGGACCUCGUUCUGUAUCUUUUGCUGGGUUGCGAUUUAGGGUUGAUUAUGACCUGCAAUACGUCAGUUGGAUGGGGUGGGGGCUUUACCUGGGUUUCGAUCGUGACAUGGGACUAAACUUGUGGGAUAUACGCUUCCGAGGUGAGCGGAUCAUCUACGAGCUCAAGCCCCAAGAAGCAUUGGCACAAUACACCGGGAAUGAUCCCUAUAAGUCGAGCACUGCACUUCUAGAUUCAUACUUUGGCAUGGGGCAAUCGGUUCGCAACCUACUACCAGGAUAUGAUUGCCCAGAUGAGGCGAUUUACCUCCCAGCUACCACUUUUUCUGCGACAGGGAUGAUGUCUAGGAAGCGGGCGAUAUGUAUAUUUGAGCAGGAUAGCGGACGUCCUGUAUCAAGACAUCUUGGUUUUGAGCGAAGUGAAUUUGGUGCCGUCAAAGGUUACCAGCUGGUCAUUAGGAGCGUCUCCACCGUUGGAAACUAUGAUUACUGUUUUGAAUAUAUCUUCCACGUCGAUGGAACUAUCGAGGUUCGUGUAUCAGCAUCCGGAUACCUUUUAUCAGGGUUCUGGGAUGACGAGCAAGGAGCUUACGGAAGCAAAAUCUGGAACACCACUCUUGGAAGCCUCCACGAUCAUGUCAUCAACUUCAAGGUCGACCUCGACGUAGGAGGAACACAAAAUUCGCUGUUGAAAACAAGUCUUAGUCAGGAGGUCACCACCCAACCGUGGUUCGACGACGAUUGGGGCGAAGAAGUGAUCCAACAAAAGAUCACCCGUGAAUACAUCGAUAACGAAGACGAAGCCCUGCUGAGAUUUCCCGCCAAUUUCCAAGGAGGUUAUACUAUUGUGAACACUGAUGAAACCAAUAAAUGGGGAAUUCCUAGAGGAUACGCAAUUCACCCGGGAUACUCGCCGGUUUAUAAUACCGUCGUAGGAUCUAAGCGUCUGCUCAAGAAUGCCAACUGGGCGCGUUAUAACCUGGCGGUGUCCCGUCGCAAAGAUACGGAGCCCUCUUCCAGCAGCAUGUGGAACUUUAAUCUUCCAGGGGCUCCUCCUGUCGACUUCCACAACUUUUUCGACGGCGAAAAUAUCAUUCAACAGGAUCUGGUGACCUGGAUUAACGUUGGGAUGCACCACCUACCUGCAUCAGAGGAUGUUCCGAAUACAAGGACUAAUACAGCCGCUUCGAGUUUCUUCCUGACACCUUUUAAUUAUUUCGACUACGAUGUGUCGAUCGAGUCUGCCAACGCCAUAUUGCUCCAGCCUCCCAAGAAGCCAGGAGACCCGUUUUCUUAUGAUGAUUAUAAUGUUCGUCCAGCCCACUGCGUCCCGCAACCACCUGCCGCAUUCGAGUACUAUCCGGAGCAAGUGUACGACCUGGAUGGGAAACCUGCACCUCCCUCAACGGUUGAGGAGAUGAGGAAGGCUUCUGAGCUUUACCUUCGUAUCAAGUUUGAACUUUGACCACGGGAAUACUAAAGAUCAUAGGAGUUAGCUUAGCUUGUUUAUGUACCAUUUUGAAGAUUGUGUUCAUCCGAGAAGCAGUGUCUCUUUCAAGAAAUUUAUGGAAGCUC